AUGCUUGUGCUUGGCUGAUGGAUUGUUGACAUAACAGUUCUGCCUUUUCUAGCCUGCUCUAUUAAUAAGUCAAUAACGACUUCUGCUGUAAAGCUGUCAAGACCAGAAGUAGGUUCAUCUAGCAAAAGGACAAUAGGGUCAGUGAUAAGUUCCAUCCCUAUGCAAACUCUUUUCCUUUCUCCUCCAGAAAGGCCUUUUUUAGUUAUGCUCCCAAUGAUCUUAUCUGCACACUUUACCAAUCUUAGCUCUUGAAUAAUUGUAUUCACCCUCUCUACAUUAUCAUUAUAA